AUGUUUCGAACAAAUGUGAUACUUCUUUGCAACAGAGAUGACUAUCGGAAUGUUAACUGGACACUUUUGUUUUUGUUUGUCUGUCUCGGUAGAAAUCAUGCGGUCAUUCCAAUUUGUUCAGAGAACUUCAAAGGUUGUUGUUUAGGUUAUAUCUGGAACUCUACAAUCAAUAUGUGCGAUAAAUGUAUAUCUGGGUAUACAGGACUAAACUGUACAUCAAUAUGCCCUUACCCUACUUACGGAGAUAACUGCCAACACAUUUGUGACUGUAGCAAGGACGAGUGUGAUUUGUCUUUGGGUUGUAAUAGUUUAACAUCUGAGAAGCAAACGUUUUACUUAUCCACAACCAAAUUUGACAAUCUUUUUAGUGAGUUUUUUACAAUAAGGAAUACUAAGCCCGAUUUUUUAUCAAAGCACAAUAUUUCGUUUCAAAAGAGAGAAAAGAUUGUUCUUAUCAUUUUUACAAUUAUAUUAUGUGCCUGAAUAAUAUUUGCCAAAAUUGUUGUUUGGUUUCCCGAUAAGCGACGACGAGAGCCGGGGAAGGCGCCAAGUACAGUUCAAAUUAUUCCGGAACACGGCUUUGUUUAUGAAAACAUUGAUAAUUUUGGUUCCCCUUCUUUGGAAAUCCAAUAA